GCCGCUUUUUCCCGCCAUACAAGGGUUUCAGUCUCCUCGUGCACUUUUUUCACAACAGGUGGAAACACAAUCCACCGUUCAACUUAAUCCAACGGCCCAUAGUCUUCCAAUCCAUUUUCCAAUCGCAUUAUCGGUGAAAAUUCCCUCAUCAUUAGUUCAGUCGCCAACGCUUUUCCCUCUCUAAACACAGAUAAACACCAAGUAAGACUUCUCUUUCUGCCUUGUGUGAUGUUUAGUGGGGUUGAAGUUGAUUUUUCUUGGUUGCUGACAAUUAAGUGUGGUUUAUAUAUUAGCUUUGAUUAGGAAAUGGGGGUUUGUUGAAUUCUUUUUUUUUUCUGGCAAGUUUUUGAGGUGUCAAUGUGGCAGUCAACGUCUCCACCACUUGUUUCUUCAUCACUCCCGGACUCCCAUUUUCAGUUUCCCAAUGCAGGUCAAAAUAUAUACUCGUGCAUUCCACAAAGUUCAGUGUCGCUGGGAAAUGGAAUGGUACAGCCGUCUGCUCUUCCAUGGACUUCAAAUUCAAAUGUGGAUAUCUCGAGUCCUGCUGAGUUCAAUGGUUCAUUCAUAUCUUUUCUUUCCGGUCCAGUACCCUCUUUGCAAGGAGGGUUUCAGCAAUCAUCAAAUCUAAAAUCUGUCUUCAUGCUGAAUGAAAAGCCAAUAAAUCGUAACAAUGCCAAUGGAUCUGCUUCUAGGAAUGGACCAGUACUUGUACCUGCUGUUGAAUUGUCACAAUAUUUUAGCAGUGACAAGUUAAAAGCUGGAGAAACCCUUAAAUCAACUGCUGUAAUAGACCCUCCAAAAUGUGAAAUGGCUAAGCCAGCUGCUCCUUCCCAUUAUGUUGGCCACGGGAAGCAUUCUUCUUUGAAAUUCCAUGAUAUACCUGAUUCUGUGACAUCUAGAAAGGUUGUCUCGGAAACAGGAUAUUCUGGGCAGUUGUCCCCAUUGCUGAGCAGCUAUCCUCGUGUGUUUUGUUUCGGCUUAAACGGAUACCUGGUUCUCAGAAAUACUGGUGUUCUUGGAGUUAUUUGCUUGUGCCAUGGUUCACAUAUGUCUAUCUCUAGGUUUUGUGAGCAUUCUGGUUUAUCUGAUGUUAAUCCGGGGAUUGCUGUUCGGAUGGACAGUGGUGUGACCAUAGCUCAGUGGCGGAAGGUCUUCUUCCAAAAACUAGGGAUUAGGGCUCCUGAAGAUCAUGGUGGAUGGGACUGGCCUGAAGUAUUUCCAGUAAGUACAGCGUUGGGAGAGUUUUAUCCAUCCCUUCCCAAUUCAUCUCCAAAUUCUGAGCUAUCCGGUGGAGCUGGACAGUCAUGGAACAAUAUGUCUAUUUCAAAGAACCCUCAGCAUCCAACAUUGUCAAACUUAGAUGGGAUACGAGGCCCAAAGAAUGGUUCUUCAUUUAUUUCAGCUUAUAUUGGCUCAAACACCAAGGACACAAAUACUUUCAAUUCUCUUCCAGAUCCCAAAAUUUCAAAAUCGCUUGGUAUCAACAGCUCGCUAAUGCAAAUGGACAGAAGUAGUGUCUCCUCAAAUAUUGAGUUGAGACUUGGGCAUCCAUCCCAGCAAAGCAAAAAGUUUGGAAGUUUAGCUCAACAAAAUUUUGAGUAUCAUUCCAUCGUCAAACCAAUAGAAUACCAACAAUCAUUGUUUCCAGAGCCCCUUAUGCAUAAAGCAGUCGAAUCACAGGCAGAGGAAGAAAGCAGGUCAAAUUUUCAUAUGCUGAAUUUGAGUCCAAGAAGUGGAAAGGCUCAGCUGGACCCAGUCAACUCUGCCUAUGGACUCCACAACGCAACAAGUGAAUCCAGAACUAGAAAUUCCAUGUUUCCUAUGCUUCAAGCACAGUUCAAGGGUCCUUCAGAAGGACUACUGUACCCUGAAGCUACCAAAAAUAUGGUUAAUGGAAGUCAUAUUCCUCCCGGACAACCUCAGUCUAAAUCCCUUACUCUAAAGUGCGACCAAAUUGAUUUUCAUUGUGCUAGAGGUAAGAUGGCUAAUAAGGAAUUUAAUGUUGACACUUCAUGUGCUCUUGGACAUGGGAACAGUGAUAAAGGUGUGGUCAACAAUGUUGUUAAUUUACACAGUGCUGCUGAGUUGAACUUUGGACUCCACUCCAAUUAUUAUGAAAACAAAAGGACUGUUAAGAGAGUUGUAGAAGGGAUUGGUCAUAGCAAUUGCUUGGCCUUACAUGAGAAGAACCUUUAUUCAUGCAAGCCCUGUGGUAUGAUGAUGGAUAUGCCUGAUAUUCAGGACACCCUUAAUUUGUAUGGGAAGACAUCUUUAAUUUCUCAUAAUGGACCCUUUAAUAAUGGUAACAUCAGAUUUGUCUGUAAACCAGUGGACUCUAGAGCAGCUCCACCAUCGCAGGCAGUCCCGUGUGGGUUUCCAUUAUCAAGUUCAACUCUAAUUGGAAAUCAAACUCUACAAUUGUCUAACAAAAAGAGCUUGAAUGGAAGGCAGAUUGAACUCACCAUGAAUCCAAGAACCCAAACCUUGCAUCAUGGGUUGGAAAUUCCUAUUCCUGCACUUGUCACUUCCUCUACCACAGCCACCACAGAGCAUGUGCUAUGCAGGAAUCCAUUUGACAAAGCGCCAACAUCCAUAAACCAGUUAUAUGAACCCAAUGUCAUGAAUACGCUACAUGCUUCUAAGGCUGCAGCAGUAUCUGCCUUCUCUGGGUUUAGUGAUUAUAUGGGAAAGCAUAUUCAAGCUGUCGCUCCUAUUACUGAUCAGCUUGAAGGUUUCAAUUUUCCAGCUUUAUCACACGGAGGACCGUUCUGUGCUCAAGAAUCAGGAUUGCACUGUCAGCUUUCCACUGAUUCUAAUGCAGUUCACUGGCCUUACCUAAGACAUGGAGGUUCUGAAAGCAAUAUUUCCCCAUCAGUUGAGCAAGCAAAUUGCUUUCAGGUUGCACCAAAUUCAUUUAUGUCUUACCGCUGUAGCUGUGCUGUUCAGCCGGACUUUUCUGUUGAAAAACAUCAUUUCAUUGGUCAACCUCUGGAUACUACUCGGCUAGAACAGAGAGGAACUUCUGGCUGCAUUAAGAAUUUAUUUGCUUGUAAGUUGAAUGAUAGUCAGAAAGUUCCCUCGGACAAUCUGGCCUCUUUGGAAGAACAUAAUGAUUUAAUGUGGAACAAGAUAAACAAAAUGGAGUUCCACUCUUCUCAAUGGAGAGAUGGUCCAAAAAAGGUGACUGGAGCAGUUAGUCUGACAUGUAAGGAACAGACAACAGGUUUCCUGAACAUGAAUGAAAAAAUGAGGGGACAAAAUGCAGAUGCUGGUGGAAACAAACCCAGUUGUGAUGUAGCUUUUCAAAAUGUUGAAUGUCUAAAGGAGCCAGAAAUAUCCAAUGUUUCUUCUGGCGGAUCUGCACCUGUUGUUACUGAGGCAUCUGCGGAGAUUCAUGGCAAAGAGUUCUCCACUGCUAAUGGUCAAAAGAGUGUGGCAAGUAAUGUUGUAGUAGAUGAAGGAUCAGGAAUCGACAGAUGCUGGUCCUCUAAUGAUGCACAAGGCAGUGAACAAAGUGCAGAGUUUUUUGGUGUUGCUUGCAAAUUCAACCCCAUGGAUGCAGGACCAUCCAAAGGGUUUGCUGGUAACUCUUCUCGUAGUCUGAUUGAAGAACUUAGACUAAGAGAUUCCUUAAAAAUGAAGAAAAUGCAGAACCAUUCUAGCUUCAGCAUUAAAGAAAAGAGCCAUCGUAUUCAGAAAGUGGCUGAUAUCUCCAAAAAGGUGAUUAGAAAGAGAACCAAAUGGAGAAAAUUGGAUACAACACUUCCUGCUAUGUACUCUGCUUGUGCCUAUUCAGAGGGCACUUGCAGUGCUGGUCUUCUGUAUCAUUCGUGCAAUGAUAAAGAAGGUGCCCUCCUAUCGGAUAAUGGCAGUGCAGAAGAAUGUGUGUAUUCCAUAGAACCAAGUUUCAGAGAAAGGAGGUCCAGAAUGCGUUCAUUGAAUACUCUUUCUUGCAAUAGUAAAGUUAAUUGCCAUGAUGCAAAAGCUAUUGUUACUCAGUCAGAUCUUUUAAAGGUUGAUGAUGAUGAUACCUUUGUAACAUGUGAAAUACCAAGAAAGAGGCCGAAAUUGGACACUGCAAUACCUGUUAGGCAGACAGAUGAAGGACAUAAUCUCGCUGUUGACUCUGCAGCUAAAUGCAGUUUGGUAGAUACCUCUACGUCUUCUGAGGUGCAUGAGAAGGUUUAUAGAAGGGCAGUACGACCCUUAGUUUGGGGGAAAUAUGGUGUAAUUUCUAAUGCGAAUCCAUCAAAACCAGUCAAAUUUCUUUCUCUAAGAAAAAUUUGUGACUCAUUGGUGAAGUGUAGCUCCUCUGGAAACUACACUGCAAAAUCGACUUCCAUAAAAUUCAGGAAGGCAAGUGCAAAAGAAAAACAUCGACGCAUUAACAAAUCUCCAUAUCUCAAGAAAGUUGGAAGCUGUAAUUCUAAUACUGUUGUAACUACCGAAAAAUCUAAAAGUCAGCUCCUGACAUCUAUUGGAUUGGAUCCUUGCCAAUCAUUAGAGCAAUCGAAGAGAGCGCAUUGCCAUGGAGGUGAACAAGGGGCUCACUUAUUCUACUCUCUAGAGAAGAGAAGGUGUGAUUGCCUUAUAAAAACUGGUAAUAUUGCAGAUGAUUCUCUGCCAACUCCACAGAAGCCAAUGUCCAAGGAGAUUCACAAACGGGGAUUUAAUGAGUUGAUACUUGAAGGUAUUCAUCAAGGAGAAGGAGGUUCUACCUGUGCUCGAACAGAGGGAUACAAGGGCCGCAAAAAGGAAGGAGUGCGGUAUAAUUUUCCUCAGUAUUCCGAAUCUGGUGGUGGAUGCCUUGUUGCCCAGGAGCAACUAAAUGCCUGGAUUCACAUAACUGGACAAAAGUCAUCAAGAAAGGAGACUCCGAGGCUUCGACCAAAAGCUGCUGAAUAUGAUUAUCGGAAGGAAUAUGCUCGCUAUAAGCACUCCAAAGGGUGGAAGAGUUUGGUUGUGUACAAAUCUGGCAUUCAUGCUCUUGGUCUUUACACAUCUAGGUUUAUUUCACAGGGAGAAAUGGUUGUUGAAUAUGUGGGUGAGAUAGUGGGGCUUCGUGUGGCUGACAAAAGAGAAAUUGAGUACCUGUCAGGAAAGAAAUUGCAGUAUAAGAGUGCUUGCUAUUUCUUUAGGAUUGAUCAAGAGCAUAUAGUCGAUGCAACCCAAAAGGGAGGGAUUGCCCGAUUUGUGAACCAUUCAUGCCUCCCAAACUGCGUCGCCAGAAUCAUUUCUGUGAGGAAUGAGAAAAAGGUAGUAUUUUCUGCUGAGAGAGACAUUUAUCCUGGAGAAGAGAUUACAUAUGAUUACAACUUUAACCAUGAGGAUGAAGGCAAAAAAAUCCCCUGCUACUGUAAUUCGAAGAAUUGCCGGCGGUAUUUAAACUGACAGGGUGAUACUUGUUCAGGUGUUCAUAUUCUGGGUACCAGUUGAUGAAUAUGGAUGUUAUUCUUUGGCCUCUGCAGUAGUACGUGCUAAUAUUGUCGUGAAAGGCCAGCACCGGGAAUGUUAUAAUCUUUGUACAUUCAUAUGUAUGUAAAUAAAUAUUUUACUUUUGCAUUAACGUCUAGAUCUACAGUUUCUCACCCAGUCUUUUGGUUUCUUGAUUUAAGUUAUAGCACCAUACAAGUCCUGCUUGCAAUACUGCUAAAUGCAUAAUUUACAUAUU